CUUUAGCACGGCAACCGCUUGCUCAGCGGAGUCGCCACCCAGCGGUUGGAGAAUCCAAUGUUCAGAAUAACUGAAGGCACUGAUGCCAGAAUACUUUCAGCGCUUUAACACAGCGCUGAGUGAAACCGCUAACGCUAACUGCUAGCGCAAAAUGAACUGCAGUUCGAGGACUGCACCGCGUCGCACCACACUAUAUCUACGAGACCAACAGAACAUACCAGUUACCUCAAACCUUGCGGUUUUACUUACCCGAAUGGCAUACGCCACCAGGGCUACCAGCUAAGGCUACGAACGUGUGGACGAGCUGCCACCACGGACCGGAAAACAAACAAAGGGUGGAGCCCGGGUGGCAGCGGGUGGUGCAGGUGGAUCUGGAAGUGGAUGUGAUCGUGGACUCAGUGGGCAGUGGGCUGAUCUCAUGGAUGGUGGAGUAUCCGGGCAUCAGAGCCUCUGCGGAGGAAACCGAGACCAGAAUCCACAUCGUCCAGAGAGAACUGUCCGGCAUCGUCCCGCUCGCCAUGGACACAGAGAUCCUGAACACAGCGGUACUAAAUGGCAGAACGGUCGCGGUGCCGGUGAAGGUGGUGACGGUGGCGGUGGACAGUACGAUUAUGGAUGUAUCUGACACGGUGCAGUGCAGAUCCACAGAUGAAGACGUAGUCAAGGUGUCGGACCGCUGUGAUUACGUGUAUGUGAAUGGAAAGGAGAUGAGGGGUCGAGUGAGGAUGCUGGUGAACUUCACCUACAGCUUCGUUACUGCUCAGUUAGAAAUGAAGGUGUGGAUCCCACGACUGCCGCUCCACAUCGAGGUUUCUGAUACCGAGCUGAGUCCUAUAAAGAGCUGGAGGGUCCCCACUACCCCCAACACACCAAGGUCGACGAGAGACAGCGAUGACGAGGAUGAUGAAGAACGAAGAGGACGGAGCUGUACCCUGCAGUACCAGCGAGCGACUGUUCGUGUUCUCACACAUUUUGUCGCCGAAUCGGCCGAGGCGCGAGGUCAGCUGACGUACAUGCUGGGAUCUGAUUGGCAGAUGGACAUCACAGGGCUGGUGUGGGACUUCCUGAAAGUGGAGGAUCCUCAAAUUGCACGUUUACAUCAUGACCGCCUUCUGGAGGGAGUGGGCACGGGCAUGACCAGUAUUCAGGUUCUGUCUCCUCUAUCAGAUUCGAUCCUGGCAGAGAAAUCAGUAUCAGUAGUGGAUGAGAGGGUCAGUAUCACUGAACUCGGACUGCAGUUGGUCAGCGGCCUCACACUCCAACUACAGCUCAGCACAGGAAGUAACCGAGCCAUCAGCGCCACGGCAACCACACAGGAAGUCCUCAACACACCCAAACAGGAAGCUCUGAUCAGUGCCUGGCUGCAGUUCAGCGAUGGCUCCAUGGCUCCUCUUGACCUCUACGACUCAGACGACUUUAUGCUCACGGUGGUCUCUCUGGACGAAUCGGUGGUAACCGUGAACCAGGACGCACCGGGGCGUUGGCCGGUGGUCACGGCUCAGAACGAGGGUCAGGGCCCGCUCCUGCGCGUCGAGAUGAGCGUCCACGAGUCGUGCCAGAAGCUCAAACCACGUCGGAGCGUUCUCGCCGCCGGGAACUGCAACAUACGUGUGAAAUACGGUCACACGGAGACCACCUCGCAACCCGAAUACGGGGACGAGACGGAAAAUCAGAGGAACAACCCCAGUCUGCUGGAGCGGAACGGGAUGGACGGGCGCUACUUUGAUAGCUCCAUCUCAAACAUGGAUGCUGACGGAGUGAUGAGAAGGAUCACCACGACAACUAAAGCAGAAAUCAUCAGGAGAACCGGAGGAGAUAAAUUACCAAACGACGGGAGGCGGUUUUCUGACGACGUCUCCGACUUCCCAGCACAAGUGGACCUCCCACGUGGACACAGCGUGUACGAUGACGACUCGCUCCAGAAUCGCGGGCUGACGGAUCUUGAGAUCGGGAUGUACGCCCUGUUAGGGGUUUUCUGUCUGGCUAUCCUGGUGUUUCUGAUAAACUGCAUAUCAUACGCGCUAAAGUUUCAGCAUAAAGAAAUGUCAAUCGAGGGCCAAGAGAGCAUGAACCACGCCCACGACUGGGUGUGGCUCGGAAACGAGGCGGAGCUCCUUGAGAGUCACGUAAGUCUGUCGCCACAGACGGACGAGCAAAUCACAAUUAUAGAUUCAAGCAUCGGCGGGCUGGAGGAAGGAAGUCUGCUCCUCAACGGCGGGUCGUUACAGAGAAACGUUCAAGAGCGGCACCGAGGAUCCGACACCGACGGAAAAGCCGCGAAAGCCGAUUCGCCCACGAGCAAGAGGAAGCGAGUAAAAUUUUCCACGUUCACUACAAUCCCAGCCGAUGAGACGCUGGGGGAGGGGCCAGACGAGGAUAUAAAGUGGGUGUGUCAGGAUGUCGACAUGGGUGAAUCCAAAGAGCUGCAGAACUACAUGGAGCGGCUCAACGACAGUGUUUUAAAAGACGUGGCGUAGUGGGCAGAAUCACACAAACACUGCAGAACUCACCCGUAUGCCUUUUCACACAGAACCAGGUCACAGAAUUCAUCAGAACUCUUGGAAUUAUGGGAAUGUCUUCUGUCACAUACCGUGCACAUGAUUUACUCUCGGGUCAGCUGCCAAAAAACGUCUUAACUGAUGGAACCAGAACAGAUUUUUAUUAUUUACUUUCAUUUAUUACACACAUUAUGUCCUUAUUCUAUUCAUUUAUAAUGGUUUCAUUUUGGCAUCUUUUGUAAGUAAAAAACAAAAACAAAUGAUGACUGAAUUGCCGAGCUUGCGAUCGCAGCACACACACACACACACACACACACACACACGUUCAGACUGUAGACCACGGACUGUAAUACUGAUGCAUAAUGAACCACUGUAAAUAAAGAACACAUGGAUUUGUUUUCACAUUCA